GCGCUCGCGUCAGCUGAGCGUCGCGCAUGCGCAGUGCGCGCGCCCCCCGCGGCUGGCUGGAGGCGGCCGUGCAGCGCCCGCCGCCGGUCCCUGCCCUCAGAUCUUCGGAAGGCUGAAAGAUGUCAGGGUUUCUGGAGAGCCUGAGGUGCUCCGAGUGCGUGGACUGGGGGGAGAAACGGAACACGAUCGCUUCCGUGGCUGCUGGAGUGCUGUUUUUUACAGGGUGGUGGAUCAUCAUAGAUGCAGCUGUGAAGUACCCUAAGGUAGAAGACUUCAACCACUCCUACCAUGCUUGUGGGGUUAUAGCCACUAUUGCCUUCCUCAUGAUCAAUGCUGUGUCCAAUGGCCAGGUGCGGGGGGACAGCUACAGUGAAGGCUGCCUGGGCCAGACAGGUGCUCGGAUCUGGCUGUUCAUUGGCUUCAUGAUGGCUUUUGGCUCUCUGAUUGCUUCCAUGUGGAUCCUCUUUGGAGGUUAUGUUGUUAAAGAAAAAGCAGCAGUGUACCCAGGAAUUGCUGUGUUCUUCCAGAAUGCUUUCAUCUUCUUUGGAGGCCUGGUCUUCAAGUUUGGCCGCACGGAGGACCUGUGGCAGUGAGCGCAGCCGGGGAGCCCCCUGCCCAGGCUGCUUUUUAACUCCACACUCCCAACCUUUUGUAAAGCCCAGGUUUUGUAAGCCACUGUGGCUGAAGAGGAGUCCAGGCAAACUUCAGCACUGAAACUCCUGGUUCUCUCCUGUUGUUGGUUUUUUGUACUCCCCCUGUGCCCAUUCAGUGUGGUCCUGCUCUUGGCACAGGUCAGCUUGCUGCCAGGGCUGAGGGCAGCCACCUUCUGCUAGGAGGUUUGCUGCAAGGCAAUAGUGUAGAGGGAAACAUGGAUCUAUGUAACCAGCUCUUUGUAGGACAGCUGCCAUCCCAGACUUCCCUGAACAUGCUUGAAAGCUCCCUUUUUAACAGCUAUUUAUGAAGCACUUCCUCUUCCUGGACAAUAUAACCAUGU